AUGAAGGAGGUGAGCGUGGGGCAUCGCCUGUCUGUUGCAGCGCACACGAAGCGGCAGCUGGAGGACUACAUGGCGCACUACCCGAAGGUGAAGAUCGUGCGCGCCACCAAGCGCGAGGGGCUGAUCCGCGCGCGGCUGCUGGGCGCGCGCCACGCCACGGCGCCCGUGCUCACGUACCUCGACUCGCACUGCGAGUGCACCACCGGCUGGCUGGAGCCGCUGCUGGACCGCAUCGCGCGCGACCCGCACACCGUCGUCUGCCCGGUGAUCGACGUCAUCGACGACAACACGCUGGAGUACCACUGGCGCGACGCGGGGGGCGUCAACGUGGGCGGCUUCGACUGGAACCUGCAGUUCAACUGGCACUCGGUGCCUGAGCGGGAGCGGCAGCGGCACAACAACACAGCGGAGCCCGUGUGGAGCCCCACGAUGGCCGGCGGCCUCUUCAGCAUCGACAAGGCCUUCUUCGAGCGGCUCGGCACCUACGACAGCGGCUUCGACAUCUGGGGCGGCGAGAACCUCGAGCUCUCCUUCAAGAUAUAUACAAAUGCAAUAAUAGUGUGCAUCGAAAGCGGCCGCCGCUGCGGGGCGUGCGAGGGCGUGCUCGUGAGCGGCCGCGGUGUGUGCUUGUCAAGACGUGGAUGUUUGCGGGGAGCUGAGAUUCGUGCCGUGCUCGGCACGUGGGCCCAUCUUCCGCAAGCGCUCGCCUACAAGUGGCGGUCGGCGUCAACGUGGCUGAAGCGCAACUGCGGUGCGCCUGGCGCAGGUGUGGCUGGACGACUACGCCAAGUAUACUACCACGCGUGGCGCUACGACCUGGGUACGUACCGUCCUUCGCACUUCUCUCUCAUAUCGCUGCGUGGGCUGCAUUGUGGAACAGCUGACAAAAAAUAUGAUUUUGACAGCACCAUUCUUAGGUACAUCCACGCUACAAAUGGCGGAAAGGGCGACUACGGCGACGUGUCCGCUCGCCGUGAGUUGCGGCAGAAGCUGGGCUGCAAGAGCUUCCAGUGGUACCUGGACACCGUGUACCCCGAGCUCUUCAUUCCCGGAGAGGCGGUCGCUUCGGGAGAGGGAUCCAAAGGAUAUAUGCUCAUUUUUGCUUCACCUGUACUGUUUCGCGAACGCACUCCAAUGACAUCACGUCGAGAACGAGAGACAGAGCGAGUUUGCCCACAGGUGCGCAACCUUGGCUACGGCUCCCGCACCUGUUUGGACGCGCCCGCGCGCAAGAAGGACCUGCACAAGCCCGUGGGCUUAUUCCCUUGCCACAGACAAGGUGGUAAUCAGACACAACUUAUACAGCACGGCAGCAGCAAGAAAUGUCUUGCCAUUUCUGAAAAUAAGCAGAAGCUGUUGAUGACUGAAUGUGACAGAAGAAAAGAAAAUCAGCAGUGGAAGUUCGCAAAUUAUGAUCCGUCCAAGCUCUAAAGUUACAGAUUUUUGUGAGCUGUGGAAAUAUGGUAGGAAUAUUCCUAGAAAAUUCAGUGAAGUGUUUCUUCACUCCUACUUGCCUCAACUUCGAUAUCAUGAGAGCACCUCUGAAUUUGUUUCGCCAAUGGACUGUUUUGGGGACUUUAUAGUGUUCAUACUCUUCAAGCCCACUGACAGCCAUAGGACCAAUGAAGAUGCAUGCAGAUAUCGUGACAAAUUCUUGUCAACAAGACUGCUAGGCAGAUGUUGUGUAAGAAGUUUGUCAAUUCCUACAGAUUGUGCUUGCUGCCAGUGCUGUGUUGUUCCUGAUUCCACAAUCCCAUGUGGGAAAUGCAGUUGAAGCCUAGGCAUGCUAGCCACACAAUAUCAGCGACAUACACAUUUUCAUAGUUAUAGAGAUUUGUAAACUUCUUUUUAAAGGAGUUCUUUGCUCAUUGGAUGUGUAGAUUACCACAAUGACAAGAAUGAGUUUUAGUUGUCUACAUAUCACUUGUUAUAACUGUCUUCUUAAAGUAAGGGGAUUAUUUGUUGUUUUGAGUGCAAUUUACUAUGAGACAUAUUCUCAUGUACAUUCCAUGGUCUGACUAGCUCAGUGCAUACCAGAUUUGGUUAGUUCAGCAAAUUGAAAUAUGUUUUGUAAUCAGGUGUCAGUAGUAUUUUUACACGAAGUAUAGGAAGAACAGUUUUUUCUAGAGUUUUAGUACUUGGAAUGAUGUACAGAUUUGCAAGUCUGUGUUAUCUGCUCGGCCAAAUAUUAGGCCUGCAGGCUCUGUGCUCCUAUGCCCUGGAUGUGCAAAUAGGGCUGAAGUGUGAGCUGUGUUUGAGUGUACUUACAUUUCGCAGCUUUUGGGUGCCAACAAUAAUUUAUAUUGGGGAAAGUUCUUACAGCAGGGAUUGGUGUUUUGUUUCCUUUAUGUUCAUAAGCAGUUCCCGCGGCCAGUACUUACACCACAUCUUUCAGGAUGAAAAGGUGAAGUUUAACUGUAUUUUACCUUUGAAGCCAAUUCAAUUGGACUGGUGUGGGUUAGACCAGAUAGUAUGUUGUGGUUAUCUGUGCGCUGUAACAAAUAUCAGUUUCCCUUCUGCAUGAAAGACAUAAUAGUAUCCUACUUAUUCUGAUUAACACUAUAGAGAGAUUAUUUUGUAAAAUUUGUGCAGAGUGGAAAAAAAUAGUUGCCUAUAUAUAAUAAAUUUCUGUGUUUCUCGCGAUGAACUAGGUUUUUAAAACUUCUCUUUUCAUUCACAAAAUGAUGCAAAAUGUUUCGGAGAAAAGCAUAAUUUUGUUAUAACAUUUCUACCCACACUAAUAAUUCAAAGCAGCUCUCAAUUGUUUGACUGCAUUUGGUACUUAGUUCUACUGUCUUAUAUGUAUUAUUUAAGCUUAUUUAUUUUAUGUUACUGGGAUACUUGAAAACAAAAAAUCAGUAUUGUACUGAAAUUGUGUAUA